UUAAAAACUUCGUCAACAAGACACGGGUGACUCAAGGAAUGAUCAACUUCUGCAUCAUCGUUUACAUGGACGACAUCUUAGUGUGCUCGAAAACCUAUCACGGGCAUGCACAACAUAUGGAGUGGACGUUGGGAGAUUUGGUGCGAGCACUACCUCACUCUUUCACUGUGCCUGGUCGAAAAGCAGUUGACGUGGACACGGGAUAGUGAGCAUCGUCCUGCGAGGGAGAGCGUGGCGCUGCUAAUCAUCCAGGCCUGGAGAACAGAGGUGGAAGGAGACCUCCUCGGUUUCGUCUUCCGAGCAGUAGAACCAGGCCAUCGGCAGACGAUCGUGUGGAAACUCACGGUCCCCUUUGCGCAACUGAUCGACGACCUCCCCCUCAACAUCAUAUCACGGUGUGACGAGAGCCCAGUACCGCACGUUCUUUCACGAAGAUUAACACCAUACUUGCAGUGGUCAGCCUGCCUAGAGGAUCGAACGGGAGGUGGCAGCUACCCAUCGUGCGCAGAGUACCUAAACCCCCGGGGGAUCAUCGACGUCCUCUUCUUUUCGCCCCGAACAGUGGUGGAAGAAAGAGCCGUGGCCGAGGAAGCGGAGGUGGAAGACGAAAGCGAGGAGGAAACCUCAGAGGAAGAAGCGAGCUACAGUGAAUACAACGAGGAGGAAUCGGGAGAAAAAGAAGAAGAAGAAGAAGAAGAAGAAGAAGAAGAAGAAGAAGAAGAAGAAGAAGAAGAAGAAGAAGAAGAAGAAGAAGAAAAUGAGUUGGAGGAAGAGGGAGGCUCGGAGUGGAAGACUCUGGAAGAAGAGGCGGAUCGUGCAGAGGCUCAAGAGGAAGAUCUUGAGGCGGCAACACGACGGAGAGAGGAGAUCACGGCCGGGAAGCAGCCAGUGGAGCACGCGAGUGGUGCGGAUCUGCCGAUCCUGAACGAUCCGACCACGGAUCCCGAACCGUCCAAGAACGGCGAUGGGGACCCUACUGCCGAGACUUCGGGCGCACUGGCGCGGAGACGACAGAGCCGAUCCCGAUCCCCAUCCCCCCGUACCCCAGUUCGAGCACGUAUCGAUGCGGGGCAUCGGGCUUUGUCCCCGGUCGUUAUCUCGUCGUCCCCUUGAUCACCUCAUCGUCCGCCAGAUUACCAUCCCGGUCUC